CUUCCUCCCUCCACCCCCCUAACGCCAUUUUUAAUUUCCCCCCCGUUCCAACAUUCCAGCAAGUUCUAACACAUGAGACUUUGGCCAUUACCUCACAUUCUGAAUGUCCUCGAGAUGGCAGCCAUCUGUCAAGUGAUCAUUUCCUCGGUAGUUUUGCAAAAGUUCAUGCACAUAUGCAAACCAUACUCACAGUGUAAUUGUGAAUUACGGCCUGAAAUGUGGGUCGCCGUGUGAAAAGAAGGCCUCAGUGAUGCUAAGACAUUUGUCGACGUUAUCGGCUAUCACCGUUGCGAGAGAUAAGCCUGAUAAAGAACGUUAGUCACCUUUGAGGCUCCUCUCAGUGCAUAUCGCCUCCGUGACAAGUUUCAAUGAUUCGAGAUCGAUUGCCAGAUCUGUGUGCCAGGAGCAGAAGUGAUUCAUUUGGGAGAGAACUCCUGAAAGAUGUUUGUGUUCAAAUUGGGCAGAAUAAAAGGGUGAAGGAUGUCCUGGAACAGGCUGAGAAAAUAAGGAUAAUGUUGGAUACCCUCCAGGACAACGUGCAUAUCGUGAAAGGUAUUCACAACAAUGAACUACUUCACACAAAUCCAGAUAUUCAGACUGAACUCGCGGGUCGAACAUUCAUAAUCUCUCAGACUUCAGCAAAAGUUCGUAUGAAUUUAAAAGAACUCAGCAGAGAUAUCCCAAACUUUCAGGAACUCUCGCUGGACGCCGCGAGGGAAGGCACUGCGCAUGCGCGCAUUCGAGUGCUCCAGUAUGUCACGACUUUUGAAUUGUUCUCGGAGAUCAUGCGGGAGUACAAUGAGGCACUCAUCAAGUAUCACGCCAAGUGCUCAUCGAUUUAUCAUCAGCAAAAGAGAUUACUUAGAAAGGAAAAUGCUAGUCAAUACAUCGAGUCUGACCCGGAGGAAGGGGAGAAAACAAGUCUUUUUGUCGAUAAUAUUUUGGAAGACAGUCGAAUUGCUAAAGCUCAGUUAUCAGAGAUCCAGAUGAGGCACACAGAAGUCUUGAAGCUUGAAAAAUCAUUAGUGGAAGUCAGGGACAUGUUCAUAGAAAUGGCUUUUGCUGUGGAAAAACAGGGAGAACAAUUGAAUUGUGUCGAACAUUUUGCUGGACAGGCGACAAACAACGUGGACAGCGGCAAAAUCGACCUGAGAAAAGCUGAGAAGCGAAAAAAUCGGCAUCGAAGGAGGAAAAUCAAGUGUCUCGCAAUUCUCGCGAUAAUCAUAAUAAUUCUGCUCCUAAUAGCGAUAUUUCUGUGAAUAAAAAACCGUAUAAAAUCUUAAUUGUCUAAAUAAAAUUAUCUAUUUUAUAAUCAA